CAAUGCCACUUUUCUGUUUUUUUGGACACUGCAACUCCUAAUAAAUUCAGCCAGCAUGACUGCAAGAUCUUGGUUUCACUGUUGAAGAUUUUUUAGAUGAGUAUUGGAAGUGGUCACUGGAAACGUUGAACUGGAAAAGAUCCUGCCUCUGGAACAUGAGUUACUGACAUGGAGAAUUCUGGAGCAGUGGCUGCAGCACUCAAGAAAGAAACAAAAACCUCCAUUCUGGAAGGAAAUGGGUUUCCAGAAUCCAUCAAGAAAUCAGUGGGCAUGACUGCUUCACAAGGAGCCCAAGCUCACCUCUUUCCUGCGUUCCAUGCGCCUUUCCCGAUCGAUGUUCGGCACCAGGAGGGGAGAUAUCAUUAUGAGGCUCAUGGGAUACACGCCAUUCACGGCCCCCCAGGUCUCAGCGGCAGCCCCGUCAUUUCGGACAUCUCGCUAAUCCGCCUGUCUCCUCACUCCAUGGCAAGCACAGAAUUCAGCCACGCUCACCAUUAUGUAAGCCCACACAUCGAGCAUUACCUGCGCUCCGUCCACAGCAGCCCACCGCUUUCUAUGGUCUCUGCAGCUCGGGGACUUAGCCCAGCGGAAGUGGCUCACGAGCACUUAAAAGAAAGGGGUAUCUUUGGCUUACCACCCCCACCGCCGGGUACCAGUCCAGCCGACUACUACCACCAGAUGACCCUGCUGGCAGGCCACCCCAGUCCCUACGGAGAACUCUUCAUGCAGAGCAGCGCGGCGACAGCAGCCACCCACUUGCAUGAUUACCUCGCACCCAUGGAUGUGUCACGAUUUUCAAGCCCUCGGUUGACGCCAAGGUUAAGUAGAAAACGCGCUCUUUCGAUCUCCCCACUCUCCGAUGCCAGUAUUGACUUGCAGACAAUGAUCCGCACCUCACCAAAUUCGCUGGUAGCGUACAUCAACAAUUCCAGGAGCAGCUCUGCGGCCAGUGGAUCCUAUGGGCACUUAUCAGCUGGAGCAAUAAGCCCUGCUUUUAGUUUUCCCCAUCCCAUUAACCCUGUGGCGUACCAGCAACUCCUGAGCCAGCAGCGCAGUCUUAGCUCCUCCUUUGGACACACCCCUCUGAUUCAUCCAUCACCCACUUUCGCUUCUCGCCAGCAUGGUGCGCUCCCAUCGACCAGUUCAGCUCCUGCCGCUGCCAAUAACAGCAACUCUGUAACAGACUCCGGCUUAAUUAAGGCAAGCAGUGAGUCAGUUGUCACCAGCACUGUUAACCAAGUGAUCCAAAAACGAAACAAAAUCAAGACUGAAGAAGAAAUGGAUCGGCGAGACUCUCCCAGUCCUCCGGACCAGCUAAAUGAGGUGAAAGAGGACCUGGAUAAGGACGAAUGCAAGCAGGAGCCGGAGAUCUGUUAUGAGACCAACUGUCACUGGGACGACUGCACCGAGGAGUUUGACACACCGGAUCAGCUUGUCCAUCACAUCAAUAAUGAACACAUCCACGGGGAAAAGAAAGAGUUUGUAUGUCGCUGGCAGGACUGCACGCGGGAACAAAAGCCUUUCAAAGCUCAGUACAUGCUGGUAGUGCACAUGAGAAGGCACACGGGGGAAAAGCCACAUAAAUGCACCUUUGAGGGGUGCUACAAAGCGUACUCCAGACUGGAGAACCUCAAAACUCACCUUCGGUCGCACACGGGGGAGAAGCCGUAUGUGUGUGAGCAAGAGGGAUGCAAUAAGGCAUUUUCCAAUGCGUCUGAUCGCGCCAAGCACCAGAAUCGGACACAUUCCAAUGAGAAACCAUAUAUAUGUAAAAUUCCUGGAUGUACCAAGAGGUACACGGACCCGAGCUCUCUCAGGAAGCAUGUAAAAACCGUGCACGGGCCGGAGGCCCACGUCACAAAGAAACAACGCAAUGACAUCAUGCCUAGACCCGCCCACAAGGAAAAUGGAGACGGUGACGCAAACACUAAGCUGAACAACAGGUACUCUGCGGACACAGACAGCACCUCUAGAGUCCGGGAGGACUGCUUCCAUGGCAGGACUAUCAAGACAGAAGACAGUAUGGUUCAUCAGUCCAGUCCUGGAGGGCAAUCGUCCUGCAGUAGUGAGCCAUCACCACUUGGCAAUGCCAACCAUACUGACAGCGGAGUAGAGUUGCAGGGAGAAGAUGGCCUGGGAGACAUCUUUGGUUUGGAAGACACCAACCCUAUGGUAGACUCCACGGUAUCAUCUGGUACUGCUGGGGUCAGUCUGCAGCUCAGGAAACAUGGUGGAACGGCGGUACAGAGACUUGAACAGCUCAAGAAAGAGAAACUGAAGACUAUGAAGCAAUCCUGCUCCUUCAUGAACCCAGCAUCACCUGCACGGAACACCAAGCUCCCAGCCAUUCCAGGCCAUGGUUCUUUAAUUGAUAAUGUUGGUGUCCCGAGCAGUGUGAUUUCAAACCACAGAAUCAUGGAUUUGUCAAUGAACGAAGUUACAGUUCUCAACCAGCUAAACGAGCGCCGUGAUAGCUCCACCAGUACCAACAGCUCUGCCUAUACUAGCCGCAGGUCUUCUGGAAUCUCUCCAUAUUUCUCUAGUCGUCGGUCAAGUGAAACAUCGCAGUUUGGGGGACGACCAAACAACAUCAGCUCUGCCGAUUCCUAUGAUCCCAUCUCUACUGACGCAUCCAGGAGAUCUAGUAAUGACAGUGGGUUACCUGCCCUUUUCAACCUCACACCUACUCAACAGUACAGAUUAAAAGCCAAAUAUGCAGCUGCCACUGGUGGUCCACCACCAACUCCUCUUCCCAACAUGGAAAGGAUGAGCUUGAGGACCAAGAUGUCUCUGAUAGAAGGCCCAGACUUUGCUAUUCCUCCUUUUCGACACCUUCCUGGCACUAGACGAUGUAGUGAUGUAGGUGGAAAUAAUGCAGUAACAAUGUAUCCCCAUGAAAUACCAGGAAAUAACUCCAGGCGAGCCAGUGAUCCUGUGAGGAGGCCAGAUGGGUUUGAUGGCCAGCUUCUUCCGAGGCCGCAGCGUUUCCACAGCAUGAAUAGCAUGAACACCGUACAACCGCCUCCAGCUAUGGAAAGAAGAAAUGCUGGCCUUCAACAGUACACGCGUUCUGAGGGCAGCCUCCACAGACACCUUUAUUCACCACGGCCACCUAGCAUCAGUGAAAAUGUAAUUAUGGAAGCCAUGUCAGCCGAUGUGGACAUCCCAGCUGGAGAAGAGGACCUGGUGCUCCCAGAUGAUGUUGUUCAGUACAUCAAAUCUCAGUACCAAGUAGUACCACCAGAGCAGAAUCCAUUCCCAGAUUUUAGUAAUUUAGUUCCAAAUUUCCAGAAUAAUCAAAAACCAUGUUACCUUAGCACACACGCUCAAAGCAGGCUCUCCUGUAAAGACCCAGGAACCAGGAACCUUCCAAAUUUUACAGAAAAUCCUGGGUCAACAUCCAACACACAGAAGAAUAAUAUGCCUGUGCAGUGGAACGAGGUCAGCUCAGGGACGGUUGAUGUUGCAGCAGAUAUUCCAAAGCAGCCAUUUAGUCAAAAUAAUUUAACCGUGAUGCAGCAAAAGCAAAACUUUGGCCAGUAUCAAAACUUUAACCAGCAAACCAUCCCGUCAACACAAAACCAUCUGAAUGUGGCACAGCAAGAGAUUGUACAUAGAAAUUCCAGUAUUAAUGGUCAGAGAUUUAGUUAUGGGCAACAGCAGAUUAACCAGUGCCAAAAUGCCAAUAGCAACUUCAAUGCCCAACAAAGGUAUCAAUCUCAGCAAAUGCAGAAUCCAAGAAUGGCCAACAAUGACCAAUGCCAGUUGGCACCAUCCUGUCACAAUAUUACAGACAAGUCUGGGCUUCACAUGAACGUUGCUCAAAGUAACAGUCAUCAGACAAUGCAGAACGGGAGCCGGGAGAUGCAUGGGUUUAACAGUCAGAACUAUUUGUCAAUGAACCAUGAAGGUCACAGCCUGCCGAACGCAUGCACUGUGCAGAACCAGCAGAACAUGUUUGUUCCACAUCAGAUUAACAUGGCAGUUACUGGCCAAAUGUUUCAGCCAAGACCUCCUGCUGCCCCACAUCCACCAAACAGACCCAGGAACACGCAGGCAAGACCUCAAAGCAUGUACAUGGGGAGUCCUCACUCUGCAAAUGAGAUGAGUCCCAAUCAGCAAACUGCAGAGGCAACCCCAAAAAGAAGUAAUGAAGACAGUGAGCCCCAGCCAUAUAUGAAUACCAAGGAGAACAAUUUGCUAUAUUAUACCGGCCAGAUACAGAUGUACGAGCAGAAUGGGGAUUUUAGUGCAAACCUGGACUGUGCCGUAAGGCAGGUCCCCACCAUGCCUUCUCCAGGGGUCAAUCAGGUUACCAGCACUGUGGACUCCCAUGGCCUGGAGCAGCCUCCAUCUAUAGAUUUUGAUGCCAUGAUGGAUGAUGGUGACCAUUCAAGCCUCAUGUCGGGUACUCUGAGUCCCGGCCUCCUUCAUAGUCUCUCUCAGAACUCGUCUCGCCUUACAACCCCAAGAAACUCUGUGACCCUUCCCUCUAUCCCAGCAGGGAUAAGCAAUAUGGCAAUAGGAGACAUGACCUCAAUGCUCACCACUCUGGCGGAAGAGAGCAAGUUUCUCAACCUGAUGUCCUAACCGGAAGCUCGAGACUAGAUGGCCAAACCAGCUGUCCUCUGACGGACUUACAUCUAGCUGGGUCUGUAUACAGAUUACAACUGCAAUCUCCUAAUAAUCUGCAGAUAAAUGAAAGGGAAUCAGCUGCAGGCCAUGUUGCAUGAUGCUGUCCCCAAUAUCCCCCCAAAUAUAACAGAAGAAAAAUGUGUAAUGCAGCCAUGAGUCACUGGUUCCUGGAUCCCUUCCAGGUCAUUGGGGAGCCACAUGCUGUGUGUUCUCAUGGGAUCCAAUAAUGGGGAUUUAUGCCAAUUGUAAACUAAUACAAAAAGUUACUCCCCAUUAACCCUUCAAGUUCAUACACAGCUUUAAUAGUUUACUAUGUCUGCUCCUGCACGCAAACCUUUAAUAUUUAUAAUUUAUAGCAGGGGAUGGGACAGUGAUUUUAUUAGCAGGAUGCAAUAUUGGCAUGAUGUCUCUUGGACGUUUACAAGCCUCAUCACAGUACUGUGGACCCUGUCAUUGAGAGAGAUAUAUUUUUAUUUCACUUUUUUCCACUUGCCAUUUGGAACCAGAAAUUUAAGUAUUUCGUGCCAAGUUCGAAGCUUUUGUUUUACCGUCUAAUGCUGCUCAGAAUCCAUAUUAAUGUUGUAGGAAUUGAUGACUUGGGGUGAGAAGGAUUUAGGGAGUUUUGAAGAUUGUGUUCUAAAAUGGAGCAGAAAGCAUCUACUCAAAUCUUAUAUGGAAUGUAUUCACCAAAUAGGCGGCUGUGGGAUUUGACAAGAAAUUGCACAUUUUAAAUCAAAAUAACUGAACUGGGAAGUGUCAUCAAUUUGGGUAUUUUUUCCUGAACUGUGCAAUGCCGUGGGGAUUCUCCACAAUUCCUGGGUUACUGAAUAGAUCACAGAAUAAUGAGGAUCUGUAAUAUAAGUGUACUUUCACAUGUUAUCCAUUCAGUCUGUUACUGGCCCCUUCUACAGGUACUAUUCUAUAAAUAUAAUGUGUAUAAGCCAGGUACCAGGUACCAUUCUAUAAAUAUAAUGUGUAUAAGCCUGCAGUGUUCCUAUGAUGUCACUCAGUAUCCUCUGUCAAGCACAGAUCAGAUACUGAGGAUUAAUCUUUAGCUAAUUGUUUACUUUAAAUGUAAUCUCCCCAAAUUCCACUUCUGAACAAAAUAUCGGUUUUUAUUUGGUAAAAUUGGUCCGCCCUUUACCUCCGCACUCACUGACUAACAUUAUGGGGAUCGACAGAUAAACUGGCAAAACGGAGUUCCAAUUAAAGUCUGUGUUGGAAUGAGAGUUCGAAUAAAUGGUUUAACCAUGAUAAACAAUAUGAAUGGAUCCUUUGAUAAAAUGAUUCAGCAGGCGAUGGAAUGCAUUGUACGCUGUGUAAAUGUAAAAGGCCCUGCCCUGCAUCAUUGUGAAUUAAAGAAGUAGAACAUCAAACCAGAAAGCUAAAGAAACGAGAAAAAACUUUCAUUAGUUCCCACCUUACACAAAAAUAACUUUAAGAUGGAGCACAUUACACAGAAAAACCAAAAGGGAACAGGCUUUAAUAUGAGUCAAACGUAUGCGUUACCGAUCAACAGCCUAUAGGAGUAACAUUGCAAUGCAACAAAAUGCUGCAUUGCAUCCAUGGAAUAGAGG